GAAACUUCUGUUGAUAUUUGCACUGAGUUCCCUUUCUCCCUCACUAUUGCCCACUUGAUUAUUAUAUUGAGAUGCGACAGUGAAAUGAAACCGAUGAGUUUCCUGGAAAUAGAUAAUAGACCCUAUUUUAUUAAGCCCUUGUUUUUGACUUGAUGGAUUCUUCCAGAAUUCAGGAGGUUGGUUUUUAAGUUAGUGAAUAUGCUUUUGUUCGUUUGUUUCAGGUAAAUGACCAGAAAAUCUAGAAUUGCGCUGCCCAGUAUAGCAGCCACUAGCCACAUGUGGCUAUUUCAACUCCAAUUACUUAAAAUUAAAUAAAAUUAAAAAUUCCAUUCCUCAGGCAUACUAACCACAUUUUAAGUGCUCAGUAGCCACAUGUAGGUAGCGGCUGCCACAUUGUACAGCCCAAAUAUAGAGCAUUUCCAUCACUGAAACUUUUAUUGGACAGUGCUCAUCUAGAACUGUUUUCAAAAAUUUAUCCAUAAUGUAUGUUUCUUUAAUGCAUGUAACUUUUUUAGAGUUUAAAACAUAAUAGCCUGUUCUUUAGUAACAAAUUACCAUUGGAUAGAUUGUUUUAAUGCCGUGGGGUAAAAGAAAUAAAAUAAUAAUGAAUAUAGUUUCUAUGUGCGUUAGGCCUUAGACUAGUGAUUAUUUCUAAGAUAUUCAGAAGUAUUUUUAAGCUAAGUUUUCAUUUUCAUUUAUAUUCAUCUUUGUGUAUCAUAAAACUUUAAAAAGUAAAAUUUCAAGACUUGGGUCUCAAGAAUAAUUUCAUACUCUAAGAAAAGAUCAGUGAUAAGGGCAGUUUCCUGCUUAAGGUUAACUUCUCAUUUUGUUUCAAACGCUCACUUUUUUAAGCCUUUCAAUAUUCAAAAAUGGUGCAGGAAUGAGAGUGAAAUAAUUUCUCAGUCACACUCUAAAUGUGCUUUUUCCUUUUGAAGGUGCUUCUCUUUAUAGGGCAUAUAGCACUGUAGCGUUCCAGACAGUAGUUUCUCAUUCCUCUUUCUCAGAAUACUGGGUUAAAUAUAGUCGCUUCAGUCUAAUGCUUGUGAUGUAACCAUUUAGACUUGCCUAGGGUAGGUCACUGGACUAUUAAGUAUUAACCGUCAUGAGGCAGUGAGCUGGAAAUCAAAAAGAAGAAACUCUUGUUCACAGAAGGUAUGAAGUUUGGCCUGGUAAUGGAAACUGCUGAUCCAUGUUCACUAGCGGCCUUACAGAAAGUACUCAAAAGGAAGUUCGCAUAGUCGGUGUUGAAGCUGAAUCUAUGGAUUUAGUGUUGAACUAUGCCUACACCUCCAAAGUUGUUCUGACAGAGGCCAAUGUUCAAGCCCUGUUCACUGCAGCUAGCAUCUUCCAGAUUCCUUCCAUUCAAGACCAAUGUGCUAAGUAUAUGAUCAGUCAUUUGGACCCACAAAAUUCAAUUGGGGUCUUCAUCUUUGCUGAUCAUUAUGGUCAUCAGGAACUCGGAGAUCGAUCAAAAGAAUACAUUCGUAAAAAGUUUCUAUGUGUCACCAAAGAACAAGAGUUUCUCCAGUUGACAAAAGACCAACUGAUAAGUAUACUUGACAGUGAUGAUUUGAACGUAGACCGAGAAGAGCAUGUUUAUGAAAGCAUUGUAAGAUGGUUUGAACACGAACAGAAUGAAAGAGAAGUGCACCUUCCAGAAAUUUUUGCCAAAUGCAUACGUUUUCCUCUGAUGGAAGAUGCUUUUGUAGAGAAAAUUCCACCUCAGUUUGCACAGGCUAUAGCCAAAAGCUAUGUAGAAAAGGGACCAUCCAAUACCAAUGGCUGUACACAGCGACUUGGAAUGACUGCGUCUGAAAUGAUCAUAUGUUUUGACGCUGCCCACAAACACUCAGGAAAGAAGCAAACAGUGCCUUGUCUAGAUAUAGUCACAGGAAGAGUGUUUAAACUAUGCAAACCACCAAAUGAUCUAAGAGAAGUUGGGAUUCUUGUAUCACCGGAUAAUGACAUCUACAUUGCAGGAGGGUAUAGGCCGAGCAGCAGUGAGGUGUCCAUCGACCAUAAGGCAGAAAAUGAUUUCUGGAUGUAUGACCAUUCCACCAACAGGUGGCUGUCCAAACCAUCCUUGCUGAGAGCCAGAAUAGGCUGCAAACUGGUGUAUUGCUGUGGUAAGAUGUAUGCAAUUGGAGGUCGUGUUUACGAAGGUGAUGGGAGAAACUCACUAAAAUCUGUGGAGUGCUAUGACAGCAGAGAAAAUCGUUGGAUGACUGUUUGCGCAAUGCCUGUUGCAAUGGAGUUUCAUAAUGCUGUGGAGUACAAAGAGAAGAUCUAUGUUUUACAGGGAGAAUUUUUCCUCUUCUAUGAGCCUCAAAAAGACUACUGGGGUUUUUUAACCCCCAUGACUGUGCCUAGAAUCCAGGGCUUAGCGGCUGUAUACAAGAACUCUAUCUACUACAUAGCUGGAACCUGUGGAAAUCAUCAACGCAUGUUUACUGUAGAAGCCUAUGAUAUUGAGCUCAAUAAAUGGACUCGUAAGAAGGACUUCCCAUGUGAUGAGUCCAUAAAUCCGUACCUUAAACUGGUACUUUUCCAGAAUAAGCUCCAUUUAUUUGUUCGAGCUACUCAAGUGACUGUUGAAGAACACGUCUUCAGAACCAGCAGGAAAAAUUCCCUUUACCAAUAUGAUGACAUCACUGACCAAUGGAUGAAAGUGUAUGAGACCCCGGAUCGGCUCUGGGACCUUGGCCGGCAUUUUGAAUGUGCUGUUGCUAAACUCUAUCCUCAGUGUCUUCAGAAAGUCCUUUAAUGAGUAGCAGGCCUUAGAGAGCUUACUGGCAUCUCGCACUUGAGGAAACUUAGUCUUACAAUGAUAUAAGAAGUGCUGUCAGUAUUUAAGAAAGCUGAGAGAGUUUACACUCUACGUGGAAGUGGGCGCUCUUAAAGAUUACAACAAAGGGAGGGAUUUCUUUUCAUCCUUGUGGUGUUUUCAUUUCAUUGAGCAAAAGGUAACAAAGUGCAAUUAUCAGCAUUUUUUUUUUCUGGUAUAAAAGUAAUCAUAUCAUUCUAGAAGUUUGUGAUAAGUAGUCUCUAAGAUACCAGAUGAAUUGACAACUAUGCACUCUUAUAAGAGCAGUUAGGGUAUUAUUGGUUAGGGACAUCCCAACUAGUUUGAUGUGACUUGUUAUUUUAAAUACGGGUAAAAAUCUGAGGCAAUAUCACUAGGACUUUAGCUGUGACCUCUCCGACACAGAGAAGUACGAACUUAGAUCCUCAUUCUUAAUAUAUAUAUUUGCGUACCAUUUUCAAGUGUACUGAGCUUUAAAUGUGUUCUGUUAUUAGAGUAGAUAGAAGGAAAAACCAGUCUCAGAAAAAGCUUUUGGUCUGAUUGUUUCAUAUUUCCCAUGGAACUUUAAGUUAAGCUAAAGUUUUAAAGUAGCAGUUUUCUGUUAAGUUUUUCACGUGCUAACACUGUCUCAUUUUUAACAAUCUCGAAAAGGCCUCAAAUUCACAGGUGGCUGGUGCUAGUAUAAGUUAAUUCAUGUGUUUAGCUAGAUAGAUUUAAAUUGUCUGAGCCUGUGCUUACCUUUUAAAUUGGUAUGUUAGUUUUGUGGCCAUAGAAUUUUACCUGUUGAACUCUUGUGAUUUCACAAGAUCUCUACUUAUGGAAUAGCAAGAUAUGGCCACUUAUUGGUCUAACUGGAUCACUCGCAGAGUAGUGAGAACAUUAUACUCAGUUUGCACUAACACAGGCCAUUUUGUUGCCUGACCUCCUUUUCCAUCCUCUACCUGUCAAGUCAUUAUCGGUACAGUGAAAGGUAAUUUAUUUCUCUUCUGCACAGAGCAUAAUGUGAAGUUGUACACCUUCUUUUAAAAUUCUAUUUUCCGGAAACAUAAAACUCCUGCAGUGGUCUAAUUUAAUGGUUUUUAAGUUACAUAUGACAAUUAAAACCUCAUUUUCUGUUUUCAUUUUUUGCACUUAACAGUGAUGAAUAUUUUUACAUUAAAAAGCUUGUUCUAGCUGAAGGUGAUUGAGAAGGAAAAGAGUGAGUGAAAAGAACCAUAGCAUUAUAAAUCACUUUUCAUAUUUAACUGGUGAGUUUCUAACAAUCAGUUAGGAAUAUUAACGUGAAGACAAACCAAGUCAUUUGUAACACGUAAGGCAGAUAUUUGGAUGAGUAACUUAUUUUUUUACUAUGCCUAGAAUAAUUGCUAAAGGAAUAAGUAUAGCACAGAAUCUGUCCCGGACUAGAACAUUUUGAUUCUCUUAAAGAAGGCGAACUGGCAUAGUUUGUGUUAAAACUCUUGCACCAAUUGUAAUGUGAUACUGUGACACCAAUUUAAAACAUUGCCUCUUCACAUCACAUACCUCGUUUUUCAGAAACUUUCCAAACUGCUUGUCCUAGACCUCUACAAGUAGGGAAUGUUUUCUGAAGCAGAAUUUAAAGUGGACAGCAUUUACAGAAUGAACAUUUUAAAAUCUAGUUUUGGGAAGCUAGAUGUGUGGUUUCUUCUUAUUGACCUUGAUAGUGUGUCUAUCAUCUCUUUAUAACUCUGUUAACAAAUAGCCUAUUUUUUCUCCCCAGUUUUUCUCUAUCUUCUGUUUUCUUUCUCUCGAGUUUUUUUGAAGCAUCUUUACAGUGUUGCAUUGCAGAGGGGAGGAAAAAACAAAAAUAACUAACUUUUGCAAGAGAUGUUCAUGUAAUUUAUUUUUGAAAGCUUUGUUGAAUAUCUAAGAUUUCCUGCCACUUCCUGACAAUCUUCUGUAUUUAUUUAGAAAAAUGUGUUACUUGAAAACAUGACUAGGACAUUGUGUUAGUAAUUUCAUGUGCCGGAUGAUAUAUAGGAGUACAACGUACUGUGGGUAAUGCUACAGUAGAUUUAUUCUGUUGAUCUGCACAACAGUUGAUCCUUUUGCUAUAACAAUUUAUAUUGAGGGUGUGAUCUAAGUAUAGCGUGUCAAAGCCAAGGUUUAGAAUUUGCUACGAGAGUAGAAUAUAUAUUGAAUUUUGUAUGAAGAACUAUUUGUUUAUAUAACUGGGAUAUUUUGCCACUUUUAAAAUGAUUUCAGAAGAAGUCCUAGAAGACUAAGAUUAGUAAUCUGUGUGGGUAUGUGUUUAGAUAUUUAAGGUACAUUUGCAUAGUAUGAUGCGAAUAUAAGUAAAAGGCACAAUGGGUACUAAAGAAUUAAAAUAUAGGUCUACCAUAUGCCAGUCCCACUUCACCUUUAUUUUUGCAUUUGAAGAAUGUAUGUAGCACUUUCCUAUAUGUUUUUUACACAUUGAAACUGGACUUGAUAUAACUAUGCUAUAGGAAAGUAGAAAUUGUAUUCUUGAUUUCCCAUCUUUGUUUUUUUGUUAUCCUACAAAGUUGAUGCUUAAGCAUUAAGCUGAUUUCAUUGGUGCAUGAGAAAAAGUGGAUGUGAUCUGCCAGGAAUCAGAUUCCCUAUGUGAAGCAGUUUAAAAUGGCAUUCAAUGUUCAGUGCUCAGGUAUGUAGUAAGUACUGUAGUCCUUUGGGGGCAAAUGUGUAGAUAUUUUUAAACAUUUUGCCAUAAUUGCACAAUUUUUUGCAUUUUUACCUGAUGGCAUUGUUUCUUAUAAUAAUAAAACCUUUUCUGAUUGAAAACUUC